AUGACUUCCAAGGGCAAGGAUAGAGUGGAGGUUGCGACCGGCGAGGAAAUUGAAGCAACCUCAACCGGAACAGACAUCUCGCAGCUACUGACUACACCUGAACCAUUUAACAUGAACAUCAUCACGGAUGUCGACUGGGAAAUCGAACGACUGGAGACACUGGCGGCAGAAUAUGACUGGUUGAAUACAAACCCCCGGUUCCUCACCCGAUACGGAGUCCUGACCAGCCAGCGCGAGAGACUUGCGGGAAGGAGUACUGGAUCUCAUCACUCGACUACACAAAUGGAAGAUGAGUUCAGUGAUACAACCUCCAAGCUUUCAGAGUCACCUCAGCAACAGCAGCAACCCGCAUCCCGUAAAGGGAAACAACAGGUACCGAAGAAGCCUACGAUGAGUUUGCACCCUAGUCCCGCUACCAGAAACCUUACUGAAGAUGAAAUCUUGCAAAUUGCAACGCAGCCACCGACGUUCCGUAGCAAGUACUCACGCUACUGGAACUCGAAUGGGAAGAUCCGCCCCAAGUUUUUCAACGUCAUUUUCUUGGAAAAGGAUGGCGCCUUUGUCCUGCCAGAGCUGUACAUCGCUUCGAAUGUUGAAAGAUGGCAGACAAGAUAUCACCAGUUCAAACAUCCGGAACUCCUCAACCAUCGUGGCUCACUGCGCCGGCGUGCUGUCAAGGCACGCGCAGACCAACGAGACCCGACAGGCCAAUAUGUUGCAAAUGAAGUGGAUGAGUUGAAUAACAGCACACGCCAGCGGGUGGUCUCUGCAACCUUUUACCAUGAGUCUCUCCUAGGAGCACAAACCAGAGCAUUUCCGACCACAUCCGCAUCCCGAGUAGAGAGAGCGGAGGCUGAAGCAGUGAGACUCGCUGGCCUCAUUCAUGAAUCAGACGCCUACUUCCGUGAGGAGGUCUUGAAGGUGGAGCGAAAGUUUAAGAAGGCUCUCAAACAGAAAGAAUCAGAAGUCGACAGAUUGCACCGCCGGAUUGAAGUCCUAGAAAAGGAAAACAAACGGUUGAACAGUACUGUAAUCCGGCAGAACAGGAUUAUCGACCGGCUGACUACGGAUGAGGACUAUUACAGCGCUAUGUCUACCGCUCCGUCUACCGCUCAUUCUUCUGCUUCGACUAUCCCCACGAUUUGA